CAGCAGCCUCAGCACUACAGCGCGCUUAAAUCCCAAAUCAGACGAGUCAGGUGUGUGGACACUGGCGGGAAUCGAUCGAUCGUGAUGUGUCGCUCCCUUCUCCACUCGCCCUGCCAAGGAGAGGCCAAUGACAAGUGUCGGUCAGAGACACCACAACAGCCACGUCACGAUGCCACUCGAUAUGGGCCCGCGCUAAUCGCCAACCGCCCUGCCAAGGCCGUCCACGUUAGCAGACUCGGCAGACUCUGGCAGUCUGGGCCCCGUUAUCACAGCGGGGAACGGUCUUUUGGGCUCCAAAGUAGAUCCCAAGUGUGUUCGUGUUUGGGGUUGGGCUCUGGCUGAUUUUCUUGUACAAACUUCAUUGGGUACACGGCAACGGCACUUCAUCCUUGGCGCGUGGGCCCAGUCAUCUGCAACGUCUAUGGAUGUCAGCACAUUGGUGCAUGCCGUGUUGGAGACUUUGGGCAGGAAGCGGGUUUCGCUUUUGCAUCGUGGAGAUUCUCGGUGGGUAUCAGGAGACCUGCUCAAGAGUUCAAGAUGGUUGUUAAAUAGAGAGCAGUUGUUCAUGGACAACUUACCUCUUUUUCCUCCCAGACACAAUCACAUCUUCACUCAUCAACCUUUACCCACCCACCACCGCUUACCACCAUCAACAUGAUUGACGCCCAGGAACUUCGUCGCCGCUGGUCGGACAAGACCGAAGCCGUCUUCACCUCUGCGGACCUCAGCAACUACGUCGAAAUCCCCGCCCGCAACUAUGAGCGCACAUUCGACUUUCAGGGCUGCAAGUCCAUCGUCUUUCUUAAGGGCGAGCGCACCGGUACCGAAGAGGAUGUGAUUCUCAUGUCCCAGGGCACCGGCCGCAUGGUCCUUCCUGCCGGCGUGCAAGUUCUCGUCACCGACGGCUACACCAAGUGCAGCUCUAAUCCUACCGACGCCGCUCGUUCUGGCUCCACCGUCACCUCUUCCACCCCCAAGCCUGUCGUGGGUAAGGAUGACGGUUGGACUGUUGUUGCCCAAGCCGAUGGGUACUAG